AACCCCGAAGCCAAACGUCAUUCGGCACUUCACCCUUUAUCCGCCACUCCGCGAGCCACGAUGUCUGCCGCAAAGUCGCGCUGGGCAGACGACGACCCAGAAACAGAGGCCAUUAUCGCGCAACGCAAGCGCGAAAAGGAGGAGAAAAAACGCGCCAAGCUUGAGAAGCAGCGCCAGCUCGAGGCCAGCAAAGCUCAACCUCCAGCACAGUCUGCCGACGGUGCCCAGGGACCCAAUGGGGAAUCAGAACCUCCGAAAAAGCGCCGCAGACUUUCCAAUGACCUCGAUGCAUCCGAUUCUACCGCAAGGGUCCCGCAGAACGAUGGACAGCAGGGGCAGAAGAAGCGUUCGAGCUUGCUGCGGUUCCCUGUGCGCGAAUGGGGGACUUGCAGGCACGUGGACAACUUCGAGCGAUUGAAUCACAUUGAGGAGGGCUCAUAUGGAUGGGUAUCCCGGGCCAAGGAUAUCACAACGGGCGAGGUGGUCGCGCUGAAGAAAUUGAAGAUCGAGAACACGCCGGACGGGUUCCCGGUUACCGGACUGCGGGAGAUUCAAACGCUCCUGGAGGCCCGGCAUCCGAAUGUUGUUCAUCUACGAGAAGUGGUCAUGGGUAACAAGAUGGAUGAUGUAUACCUAGUAAUGGAUUUCCUCGAACACGACCUCAAAACUCUCCUCGACGAGAUGCGCGAGCCCUUCCUCCCUUCAGAGAUCAAGACCCUGCUCCUCCAAGUCGUAGGAGGGCUCGAAUUCCUCCAUUCGCAAUGGAUCAUGCAUCGCGACCUCAAAACCUCCAACCUCCUCAUGAACAACCGCGGCGAGAUCAAGCUCGCUGAUUUCGGCAUGGCACGGUACUACGGUGACCCUCCUCCCAAGCUGACCCAGCUCGUGGUGACUCUAUGGUACCGGUCACCGGAGUUAUUGCUGGGCGCCGACAAGUACGGACCAGAGAUUGACAUGUGGAGUAUUGGGUGUAUCUUUGGUGAACUUCUCACCAAGGAGCCUCUACUGCAGGGCAAGAAUGAGGUCGAUCAGGUCUCCAAGAUCUUUGCCUUGACAGGACCUCCUAAUCAGCAGAUCUGGCCGGGCUUCCGCUCUCUGCCAAAUGCCAAAUCCUUGAAGAUACCACCGACAUCUGCUUCAUCGGCCGGGAAUCCUCCUCUCUUGCCUCGCACACGAUUCCCUUACUUGACAAAUGCAGGCUUGAGCCUGUUGUCUAGUUUACUGGCGCUGAACCCGGCCGUGCGCCCAACUGCACAGCAAUGUCUCUCACACGCCUAUUUCAAAGAAGAUCCACGCCCCAAGCCAAAGGAGAUGUUCCCAACCUACCCUUCCAAGGCUGGGAUGGAGAAGAGAAGACGCCACCACACCCCCGAAGCUCCGAAGCGGGGACAGGAAGCACCCGAGCUGGACUUUGCGAGUGUGUUUGGAGGUGCCACGGUGGGAGACACGGGCGAGACAGGCGCUGGCUUCGCACUACGUCUGGGAUAG